UAUAUUCUUUCAUACCAACGAUAUAGUGCGAUGAUAUUGUUAAAAUAAAUGGUGAGUUCAUUUUUCGCGUGUACAGGGGUGACCAAGAAGCUAGGCAUUCUUGUUCAGUAUUCUUGUUCAGUAUUGCUACACCACGAUAUACUCAAUAUGUUGUCCAACGGUGAGUCAUUUUUCCCUGUUUACACUGGAUUUUAGGGUUCGCCCACCUGCCAGAUCCCACUUUAACCACUGGAUACACUGAUAUUAAAUCAUCUGGAGACGCUUUAACCCUACAACCCUUAUUGUAACUGUGACGUUUCUUUCAAAGGAAACAAGGGCCAAAAUGAAGGUGGUCUUUCUCCUGGGACUCCUCCCACUGAUAGGGCUUUUCAAAGAAGUUCACACACAAAUAACACAAUCAAGCGGUUCCUCAGCCUUCUCAACAAACACAGCCCCUCAAACUACACCAGUUCCACAGACUGCUCCAGUCACAGAAGCAUCCGUCCCACAGCCUGAGGUCAAGCUGGAAUUCAAACUGGAGAUGACAUUCACACCAGAGCUUAAAAACACCUCUUCACCAAAAUUUGUACAGUUGGCUUCUCAAGUGGCCUUAGCGCUUGAUAGCAUAUAUUCAGUAGUAUUUGGAUCCAGUUUCAUCCAUGCAGAAAUCAAAAGCUUCAGACAGGGGUCGGUCAUUGUGGAUUCAGUACUGAUUUUCAAUGAUGUAAACUCUGUUCCUGAAACUGGAAAAGUGACUGACACCUUGGUACUAGCUGCUUCCUCCAACAAUUCACACUUUGCUCAUCUUCACCUCAAUGUGAGCAGUAUAAAAGUUGAACUCUCUACCUUAGGCUCCAUCACAACACCAGCACAGCCAUCAAAGUCAGCAGCAGUCACAGCACCCCCUCAGACUUCCCCUUCAACAUCACAUUCUACAGUGUUCUAUCCAUCCGCAUCCACAACAAUGAGAACAACAGAGGCUUCAUCAACAGUCUUACUCUCCUCUACACCAGCAGUCACAACUCUACCUGGGAGCUGCUCCUCCCCAACAUCGCUCUGCUGUCUGGGCCUAAACAACACAUGCUACCGUAACGGCUGCUUUUGUGAUGAGGCCUGCGUCACAGACUGCUGUUCUGACUACAAUCAGACUUGUAGUUCACUUCAUCCCUCCAGAGUCAUCGUGAAAGUGAGAGGCAACCUGAACACACACAGGGGAGAGGCGGCUUUCCAGGAACUGGACAUUUUUCUAGUGAACAAACUGAAGGAGCUCUGCAGUAACUGUGAAGUACUGAUUCUGAACAAAACAAUCACGAAGGUUCCUUGAGUGAUGGACGUUCAACAGAAGACCGAGCGAUACAGCCUUUACACUCCUGCUUGGCCUUUCCAUUUCAGUCACUUAUGCUUUCUAAUACUUCUACUACUUCCAUUUAUUCAGUCAUUUCCUUGUAUUUAGUUAUCACAAUUAAUUAGUGAACUGACAGUUUUGGGUGGGGAGCAGUGGAGUCAUUUGGCAACAACUUGUUUAUCAUUAUGGAAAAGUAAUCAACAAAACAGAAUUUCAUUUCACCCCCAAAUUUCAAAUGCCUCCCAAAAGGAACACUUGAUAACUGUUUAAUUAUCUGUCUAUAUUGAGAUUUGAAUUUACACCAUUUCUCAAUACAACACACAAAUUGCAUUACUACUGUUUCACCACUAGAGAGCAGCACACACUUGAGGGGAAGUUACUGGUGCAAAGUUACAACCCUGUUGAGGGUGAAAAAGCUGAACAAGAACCCUAAACCACCUUGCAAAGUAACCUAUAACUAACCUGUUUGAUGUUGAGUAUAUAGCCUACUCUGCACUUCUGGUCAGGCUCAUGUGUGAGGCCAUAUGUAUAGCGUGCAGAGCAGAUCAUCAUUCCUUACAGUAUGAGAGGUGAGAUGCUGUGCAGAGGGAACAGAUAAGGAAGUCUAACUCACUCAACCUGUGUGCCUGUAUGUGUGUGUUGUCCUUGAGCACUUCUGUUUGUAAUAUUAUGUUCUGCACUGUUUGUUGUGUUAAAAUCACAUUGAUGUUCUCCAAGAGCAUAUUAUCACCAAACUGGACGUUCAACAAAUAGCUGAAAUGAGGAGUGCAUGACAUCAGUCAUAGUAUCUUAUCACUCACCUUCACAUAGCAUCUCACUUUCCAUGAGUUCUCUGACGUGUUGAUCAUUGUUCGUUCUGUUGAACUGUUUGUUUUAGAAAAGGCACAGGAAAGAGCAGGUAAACACUGAACUUUUCUACAGAAUCGACCAGUAUGUUCCAGAAUUUGCAUUCUUGAUCUAUGGUAAACAGAGCAGAAUAACCAACAUACAUUUGAUUGGGUGAAAUCCAACAUUCCAUCAGGUAUUAGAAUAUUAUGUUGAGUAGUUGGCUAUUCUACCUUGAUUUGUUUCCUUUUUUGGGUGUCACUUUGGGUUAAAAAGCGUCAGCCAAAUGUAAUGUAAUGUAAUCGCUGAGUAAACGUGUGGUGAAUCAUUCGUACUCCAUUAUAGAAUAGCCGUCAUCACCAUGGACUUAAACAAAGAAAUGCUUGUUGAGAAAUUUAGCUUUUAACACCAGUUUGUGCUCUGUAUUUCAAAACUAAUAUCACUUUACUAGUGACUUUGUCUGUUGACUUGGCUGAUGUGUCCCGACACAUGAUAUCACGUCCUAGUUAUUAUAUUAAACUGUCAAGUGUCAACAUGAUUAAAACCAAAGAAAUGUGCCUUUUAGCAGUGUUUGCUCUGUAUUUCAAAACUAUCACUUUACUAUCUGUUGACUUGGCCUAUGUGUAUUGAUCAUGGUCCAGAAACAUGAUAUCAUAUAUGUCUUAUUAUAUUUAACUGUCAACAUGAUGUUUAUUAAAGCUAUUAAAACCA